AUGGAAUCCAUGAAAAUUAGUGUUAUAAAGGAAGAUAGCUUUGCAGUCGAAGCAAAGGACAUCGCCGAGAAGACAAAUUUUGAUAUUAGUAUUCCAAGAAUAUCACAAGUGCAGAAGAAUCGAGCCAACCACGCAAUUAAAGACCCAGAGACAUACUUUAGAGUAUCAGUGUUCCUUCCCAUUCUAGACUCUGUAAUAGAAGACACAAAGUCUCGUUUUCCUGAAGAAACAUUGGAGUUGUACAAUCUUCACGUAUGCAUGCCUGAAUACCUGAUAACCAACUCUGUUCAGGACAUGUCUGAAAAAAUUGAGUGUUUAGUAAGGAGGUACAGUGAACUUUUUGAUAUGUCUCAAGCUGAAAUGAAAUGCUUAUUGAAAGGUGAACUACAGCUUUGGGAAAUGCAAUGGAAAGAUACGGACGAAUUUCCAAAAACAGCGCUGGACGCGUUAGACAGUUGUAACAGAGAUUUGUUUCCUACAGUCAGCAAGCUACUUCUAGUCUUAGCUACACUUCCCAUCAGCAAUGCUUCUGCAGAGCAGCUUGUGCAGGAACCAGGUCCUUCACGAGUUGAACAGUUCACACAAAAACCGGCUCGUUCCCGAGUUGAACAGCUCGCAGAGGAACCAGAAUUUGCACAAGAUGAAGUACUAGCAUCAGAACCAGUUCUUCAUGAACCUUGCCUUGAUUUUUACCUGGGAGCCUGUUGA